UCAAAGAUAGCCGGUUAUCCUGAAAAUAUAUCAAGUUAGUGUAAAUUUGUUUUUUCUAUUAAUAUUACUCAAAAAUUUGGCGGAUGAAAAAGCGGCGUGCAUCCGACGGUACCGGUCAAAUGAUACUUUACAUCUCAAGUUUCAGACCUCUCAGAAUCAUGAACUGUAAUGAUCCCUUUCUUCUCUAAUGCUAUGUUGCAACAAUGGCAUUACACUCUCUUGAUUUCCUUGAAGCUAAACAAACAGUGGAAAGACUGCUUUUGAUUGUUAAUACAGUUAAGAAUGCUGCUUGCAUUUUAAAAAUGUCACUUACUCAGCAGCCUGCAUUUGACUCAAGAUUUGAGAAUUUAGAAAAAGAUGCUGUUUUCAUUCGUAAAAGAAAAGCAACUGUUGCAUGUUUUAUAACACGGAUGUUCCUUCUUGGUGCUGAAUAUGCCAUUAUUCUUCCAUCGAUUUGGCUUUAUUUAAAAAAAUUUAAUGUAGAACCAUGGUUUUUAGGAAUCGUUAUUGCAGUAUACCCUUUUGCUGCAAUAAUAUCUCUUCCUGUAGUUGGCUAUUUAUUUGAUAAGUUAAAGCGAAUCAAAGAAAUUAUUCUCAUUUUAAACAGUUUUGAAAUAAUUGGAAAUAUUGUUUAUGCAAUACCUAUUUCAAAAUGGAUGGUAUUUAUGGGUCGUUUUCUUGCAGGUCUAGGUGAUGGCUUUUAUGCUUGCGCAACAUCAGAGGUUGUACAUACUUACCCUGUUUCACAAAGAACUGGUAUAUUUGCCUUGCUAGAAUUAGGAAGAGUUCUUGGUAUUACCUUUGGACCUGCUUUAAAUUUUUUUUUAUCAAAAGUUGAUGUUCAAAUAGGAGGCUGGCGAAUUGAUUCAGGAACAUCUCCAGGGUUAUUCAUGGCUUUGCUUUGGAUUUUAUGUCAAGUUAUAACAAUAUAUUAUACAUCAAACUUAUCAUUACUAAUCGAAGAAAGAGCAAGAUAUUAUCCUAAUAUAAAAUUAGAUACUAGAGGACUUAAUUUUGAUUGCUCAAAAGAGAGCAAACGUAUGAGGGAAACAUCUCUUUGUGAAUCUUUAAAUGAUGAAGAGCCAUUGAUUUCACAGACUAAGCUUUCUUUUAAACUUUAUAAAAGUACAAAUGGAGCUUUAUAUGUUGAUGAUAACCUGACCGAAGAAGAAUCAUGGGCUGAGUCCAACAAUAGUGAUUUCAGCACAUCGCUAAAUUCCUCCAAAAUUUUGCCUCCCAAAUCUGAUUUAUUAAAGUUAUUCCUUACUUUAUGUACUACUGAAAUCUUAUGUAUUUUUUAUGCAGAUCUUGUUCUUUGGUUAGCACAAACAGAGUUUGAAGUUUUACUACCACUUAUUACUCAAGAGAGUUACAACUGGGGUGAAAAUUAUGUUAGCGUUGUCUAUAUGGUGGGUGGCGUUUGGUUAAUGAUUGUUUUCUUUUUGAUAUACAAAUUUGCUGAAAAGUUAAAAAUAAAGGACCAACACUUCAUUCUUAUAUCGUUAAUAUUUACAGUAUUAGCUUUGCUACUCAUGAUGUGUGAACAGAUACCUGAUUCUAAAGAUAUUAAAAAGAGACUUCCAAUAUUCAUCUCUAUAUGUGUUCUUAUAUUUUCAACAAUUCCUUUAAAUUUAGUUGCAGUAAAGUCUUUAGUUUCAAAAUUGACCCCACGUGAAAAGCAAGGAUUAGCACAGGGUGUCUAUUCAUCAAUCGGGCGCGUUGCAUUAAUUUUGGGACCUAUACUUGCAAGUGCAGCUUUUAGUCAUUUAAUUAUUUUUGCUACAGUAAUGAGUGUUCUUUGUAUUAUUGGAUUAGUGUGGUUUGUGCUCAACCUUGGAAAUAUAAGACGCAAAAUAACAUUGAUGGAUUUAAGAAAUUCUUAAAUAUAAUAGAAAAAAUAUAUAGAAUAAUCUAAUAGAUAAAUUCAAAAAAUUA